GCUGGGGGUGCAGGGAUUUUCCUCCCCUCCCCCGGGGUGCUUCACACGCCCCCGGGACGGGCAAACCCCCUGUCAGGCCCUGCAGCUUCCCCAGGCCUGAACCCCCUCCCAAACCCAGACCAACCCCCCCCAUUCCGGCCCUUCAGCCCCCUCCCAGACCCUGGAACUCUCCUCUCCCCGGCCCGUGCAACGAUCUCCCCUCCAGGCCGUGUAACUCCCUCCCCAACCGCUCACACUUGUACCUGCCCUCCCCCGGGGCCCUGACCGCCCCUUCCUCCCAGCCCUCAACAGCCCAUGCCCCUCCUGCCCCACCUUGGCCCUGCAACCCCCUGCCAGAUCCUGAUUUCCACACAGGAAAUGUGAUUUUCCUAGGAAAUGUGGUUUCCCCCAGACUGUGAUUCCAACUUCAGGCCCUGAACCCUCCCAUCCAGACCAUGACCCCCCUGCGCUUCCAGCACUGAAAUCUCCCACCAACCUUUAACUCCCCCCCACAUCAACCCUACAACCCCCUGCCAGACCAUGAACCCCCCCAGUCCAUAAAGCCCUCCCCUUCCAGCCCUGAACCCUUCCCCUCCCCUGAACCCUUCCCCUCCCCAUGGAACUCCCUCCCAGCCCCUGAACCCCACUCCAAGCCGUGCCUCCCCCACCUCAGGGUUAUACAACCCCCCACCUUUGGGGCACCACCUUUGGGGUCCCCCCACAUCCAGGAGCGCCCCCAGGGCCGCACGGGGGGCCCAGAGGGGUAAAUCCUUUUUUGCAGGUCACCCAACCCCUCCCCACAGAUCUGCUGGAUUUGGGGUCCCGGCACCAUGUUCGGCUCGUCCCGGGGCGGGGUGCGGGGGGGCCAGGACCAGUUCAGCUGGGAGGAUGUGAAGACGGACAAACAGCGCGAGAACUACCUGGGGAACUCGCUGAUGGCACCGGUGGGGCGGUGGCAGAAGGGGAAGGACCUGACCUGGUACGCCAAGGGCAAGAAGGACACGGCCCCGCCGCUGUCCCGGGAGGAAGAGCUGGCUGCCGUCCGCCUGGCCGAGGAGGAGGCCAUGAUGGCAGCGCUGGGCUACAAGAACGUGAAGAGGCAGCCCACGGGCCUCAGCAAGGAGGACCUGGCUGAGGUUUGCAAACGGGAGGGCGCCGAGCGGGACGACAAGGACGUGGAUCGGGUGGUGGGUUUGGGCAGCUCCAGUGGCAGUGCCGGCCGGGUGAUGCUCUCCAAGGAGGACAAGGAGGCGGCCAAGAUGGGGCUCUCCGUCUUCACGCACCAGAAAGUCUCCAGCAGCCCUGAGACAUCUGGCUCCAGGAAGAAGCAGGAGAAGGAGGAGAAGGUGGAGGAGAAACGGCCAGAGAGCAACAAAAAAUCCAAAAAGGAGAAAAAGAAGAAGAAAAAGAAGAAACAUAAGAAGGAGAAGAAGAAGGACAAGGACAAGCAUCCCAAGAGAGACACUGCCCCAUCGUCCUCCGACUCUUCUCCGGAUCGGGAAAAGAGGCACCACCGCAGGAAAGCACAGCAGCACUCGGAGACAUCGCGGCACGGCAGCCGGCGCCGGCACCACUCGGAUUCCUCUGGGAGCAGCGGGGAUUCCGGGCGGGAUUGCGGGCGGAGGCAGAGCAGGGACAGGGACGGCCGCGGCCACCACCCAUCCCCCCGGCGCAGGGGCAGGAAGAGGAGCAGGAGCAGGACCCCCCCAGCCCGCGGGGUCAGGCAGCGCCACGACACUGACUCGGACUGAGGGGGAGCCUGGGAUCGUUCCAGGGAGAUCCCACAGAGCAGUUCUGGUUUUGGAGGUGGAUCCAUGAAAAAAGCCGCAGCUCUGCAGGCGCAGAGUCCGGCAAAGGGCAUUAAGGUUGUGAUGCCAACAGCCCCUGCCCACCCCUGGGGGCAGCAGGUUCUCAGGCCCCUUCCUCUUCAUCCCUGGAUCCAUCCACCCAUCCAGGCAGGAUUUAGCACGGAUGCUGUGGGGUGAGGGCUGGUGCUGGGAUGGUUCCAGCUGUGGUGCUGGAAAUGCUGUGGAUACCUCAUGUUUAUGUACAGAAACUUUGGAAGAGAUGAUUAUUGUUAUUAUUUUA